GCCUCUCAAACGCCGUGACGUGUGUUGUGGAAAUGGCCGAGAAACAAACCCAGGAGACAAUGUUAAGCUUUUUAAGUCCACAAAACAACCAAAGCAGUUGAACGACGUGUCUCCAGCGGAAACGAAGGACGUCGCGAAGGUAACUGAAGAGGAACCGACAAGGGGACUCGAACCGCCCGGCCAGCGCCUUUUCUUCCCCGGGGCCGGAGAAGCCACCAUGGAGGACAUCAACUCCAACAUUAACGCCGACCUGGAGGUGCGGAAGCUCCAGGACUUGGUCAAGCAGCUUGAGAAACAAAACGAGCAGCUCCGGGGUCGCUCCAUGAUGAUGUCCGGCCACCACAGACCCCACAGCGCCGGCUACGAGUCGUCGUCGCUCUCGGCGGGCGAUACAGGCGGCUUCCCCGGGGUGGGGUUCGCCGGCACGGGCGGUUACGGCGACCUGUUGGAGAACCGCCGCUGCCGGAGCCCGCGGUUGUCCUACGACGGCGUCAGCUUCAGGAAGGCGUACGGCUGCGACGGAGCCUCGGCCGCCAACUGCGGGUCGAGCCGGAACUCGCGUUAUUCGGACGACGAGGGCGAAACGUCGAUUUUGGACCAGGUGGAGAUCUUAGACCUGGAGGACAUGGACUGUCUGCAUGAGGAUGACGACAGCUGGCUUUAUGAGGCUAAACUGAACAGUCCUCUGCAGAAAGCGCUGAGCCCUGUGGUGUGGUGCCGCCAGGCUCUUGACAACCCGAGCCCCGACAUGGAGUUAGCCAAGCGCUCUCUCAUCCACAGACUGGACGUCACCAUGUCAGCCAACAAGCGGAGGAGUCUCUACGGGAGCAGCUACAACCAGCAGGUGAACUAUGGUAGCCCGUACUGCACAAACGCCGCCAACAGCCCCUACAGCAGCGGGUUCAACUCGCCCUCGUCCACGCCCAGCAAGGUGCCCGUUGUCAGGCAGCAGCUGAUGCCUGUAAAUGCAGCACAUCAGCGAAAUGCGGCAUCAGAAAGGAAUCCGCCAGCUGUCAGCCCGCAGUCGUCAGUGGACAGCGAGCUGAGCACCUCCGAGAUGGACGAAGACUCCGUUGGCUCCUCAACGACCUACAAACUCAACAACGUCAACGACGUCCAAAUUCUAGCGCGAAUGCAGGAAGAAAGUCUGAGACAGGACUACGCCGCCUCGGCAUCCAGGCGGAGCUCGGGUUCGUCCUGCCACUCGCUGCGGCGCAGCACCUUCAGCGACCAGGAGCUGGACGCGCACAGCCUGGAGGACGAGGAGGAGGCGAUGCACCCGGCAUUCCACUUGCCCGCCAACCGCUUCAGCCCCUCCCCUCGCCACUCCCCCCGCGCCUCCCCCAGGAACUCACCCCGUUCACGCUCCCCCGCCCGCUCCAUUGAGUACAGCCAUGGCCGCGGAUCACCUCAGCCCGUCAUGAGCCGCCUGCAGCAGCCUCGCCACUCGCUGCAGGGACACGGCCACGAGCUGCAGACCAAUGUGGUGAAGAACGAAGAAAAACUGCGUCGUAGUCUUCCCAAUCUCACGCGCUCUUCUGCAGCACCACCUCAGGCCCCAGAGCCCGUCAAGAACAGCCGAAGCUGUGAGUCCAACUUGCAGGUGCCAAACGGCGGGUCUCCUCGACACCAGAGCCCGUCAGCUCCAGCACCUCAGCUCCUGAGACACUCAAGCCCCUCUGUCUCAGCCCCCAAAUCCAAACAGCACCUUCAAAGCCCGGCGGCCCGGCGAGUUCCAGCGUCCAGUAAGCUGCGGACUCCGGCCACGCCCUCGCCUCUCGCCUUGAGGCAGCCCGUCAAGGCCACGGUCAACCCCGGCUCUGUCGCCGGUUCCACACCCGGACGCUCCCUGGCUCCACCCCGCAGUGGCCUGCCUCGCCCUAGUACCCCGGCGGGCGGUGGGGGCAUCCCUCUGCCGCGAAGCAAGUUGGCACAGCCUGUACGCAGAUCUCUUCCAGCUCCGCGAAUCUACAGCGGCACCAGGGACAACUUGAGGGAGGGCUACUAGUGUGCUGCUGAGGGGAGCCAGCAGGGGGCGCACCCCUCACACAUAAGGAGGAAGACCGCAUGGCACUUUAUCUACCUUGAUGACUUUUCAAUGACAAUGCCCCAGAAAUAUAUUAGAACAAAACAAAAAAGAGGAAUAAGAAGGACUCCCCCCCCCCAUCGUGUCCAGGAUGCGUGCAUGCAAACGGCCUAAAGAGAACGCCAAAGAACAAACGCCUGCCUGCUUCGCUGGCCUCAUUGGGUUGCUCAAAUGUUCCCACGUCGCCUUCCUUACUCUCCGUGACCUCUGGGAAGACACGGAGCGACCUCUUAACAAAUUGUGAGUGACCUUCGUGACAAUGCCAAUAGAGAACGGCGGCCACAUUCAAAAUAAAUCUUUCCUCUUGUAAAAAAGCACCCAGAGAGAAUGCACAAGUUAAUUUAUUACUCGAAGGGAGCCUCCGCUGUUUGGACAAGUAUCUCUUUUUAGGAGUGCGUGGAUGUUUUCAUCAUCUUCCAAAAGCAGGAUUGUUGAAACACGGGAGCCGCCAGCUUGCCAUCACACAAUUAUGUCACUAAACAAUUAAUAUUGUCAUAGUUACUAGUUUAGUUAAUUUCCUAUGGUCAUAGUUUAGUUACUAAACUUUAGUUCAUAUUCAAACAUGCUGAACAAAGUUGUGUUACGUGUUUACACCUGCACAAUUCAGCAAGUCUGAAAAGGAGCCGAGUCGAUUUAAUUCUACCCCUUCUUCGUGUCUCAAUUACUGUUCAUUUCCUGUGUUUGUCACAUAACCAAAUAUUUGAUAGGAAAACGAAAAGGAUAAAUAAUAUGUAAUAAUAUGUAAUGUUUGUGCAGUGCAUCUGGAAAGUAUGUACCGUUUUUUUCGGACUAUAAGUCGCCGUUUUUUUAUAGUUUGGCUGGGGGUGCGACUUAUACUCAGGAGCGACUUAUGUGUGAAAUUAUUAACACAUUACCGUAAAUUAUCAAAAAAUUGUAUUCAGCUCAUUCACGUAAGAGACUAAACGUAUAAGAUUUCAUGGGAUUUAGCGAUUAGGAGUGACAGAUUGUUUGGUAAACGUAUAGCAUCUUCUAUAGGUUAUAGUUAUUUGAAUGACUCUUACCAUAAUAUGUUACGUUAACAUACCAGGCACGUUCUCAGUUGGUUAUUUAUGCCUCAUAUAACGUACACUUAUUCAGCCUGUUGUUCACUAUUCUUUAUUUAUUUUAAAUUGCCUUUCAAAUGUCUAUUCUUGGUUUUGGGUUUUAUCAAAUACAUUUCCCCCAAAAAUGCGACUUAUACUACAGUGCGACGUAUGUUUUUUUCCUUCUUUAUUAUGCAUUUUCGGUAGGUGCGACUUAUACUCCGAAAAAUACGGUAGUUAUGUUACAGCCUUAUUCCCAAAUGGAAUAAAUUAAUGGUUGUCCUCUAAAUUCUACACACAAUACCUCACAAUGACAAUAUGUAAAAGUUAUUUUUUAGAAAAUUUAGCAAUUAAAAAAAAAUAAAAAAAAAUAGAAAACUAAGAAAUUACAUGUCCAUAAGCGUCCGCAGCCUUUGCUCAAAUCAAUACUUUAUUGAUGCACCUUUGGCAGCAAUUACAGCCUUAAGUUUUUUUUGGAUACAAUGCCACAAACUUAUCUUUGGGCAGUUUUGCCCAUUCCUCUUUGCAGCACCUCUGCAGCUCCAUCAGGUUGGAUGGGAUGCGUUGGUGCACAGCCAUUUUAAGAUCUCUCCAGAGACGUUCAAUCGGAUUAUCGUCUGGGCUCUGGUUGGGCCACUCAUGGACAUUUACAGAGUUGUCCUAAAAGAUGAACCAUCGCCCCAGUCUGAAUUCAAGACCACUCUGGAGCAGGUUUUCAUCCAGGAUGUCUCUGUACAUUGCUGCAUUUAUUUUCCCCUCUAUCCUGAAUCGUCCCCCAGUUCCUGUCGCUGAAAACCAUUUCCACAGCAUGAUGCUGCCACCACCAUGCUUCACUGUAGGGAGGGUAUUGGCCUGGUGAUGAGCGGUGUCUGGUUUUCUCCAAACAUGACGCCUGGAAUUCACACCGAAGAGUUCAAUCUUUGUCUCAUCAGACCAUGGAUUAUGUUUCUCAUGGUCUGAGAGUCUUUCAGGUGCUUUUUGGCAAACUUUUUACGAAGAAAUGGCUUCUGUCUGGCCACUCUACCAUGCAGGCCUGAUUGGUGGAUUGCUACAGAGAUGGUUGUCCUUCUAGAAGGUUCUCCUCUCUCCACAGAGGAAUGCUGUAGCUCUGACAGAGUGACCAUCGGGUUCUUGGUCACCUCCCUGACUAGGGCUCUUCUCCCCUGAUUGCUCAGUUUAGACAGCGGGCCAGCUCUAGGAAGAGUUCUGGGUCCUCAUGUACUAAGCUUGCAUAUGCACAAAAACCUGCCGUAUGCCCUUUUUUUCACGGCAAAGGGGAGAUGUAUCCAAACGGACGUUGGCGUGGAAAUGUGCGCUGCCUCACGGCAACUUGAUAGCUGUUCUACGCACAUUUCUACAGGCUGUGGAGACUUAAGCAACAUACAGACAUGAUGCUGGGUAAAAGUUCACGUAAAAAGUGCCAACUUUAAUUCCUCAGACUGAUUGAUGUGCCUAUCAGAGACGUACACUAUAUUGUCAAAAGUAUUUGGCUACCCAUCCAAAUGAUGAGAAUCAGGUGUCCUAAUCACUUGGCCUGGCCACAGGUGUAUAAAAUAGACAUGGAGACUGUUUCUACAAAUAUUUGUGAAAAAAUGGGCCUCUCUCAGGGGCUCAGUGAUUUCCAGCGUGGAACUGUCAUAGGAUGCCACCUGUGCAACAAAUCCAGUCGGGAAAUUUCCUCGCUCCUAAAUAUUCCAAAGUCAACUGUCUCCUUUAUUAUAGGAGAAUGGAAGAGUUUGGGAACAACAGCAACUCAGCCAUGAGGUGGUAGGCCACGUAAACUGACAGAGAGGGGUCAGCGGAUGCACAGUCAGUUGCAACAGAGCUCCAAACUUCAUGUGACCUUCCAAUUAGCCCACGUACAGUACACAGAGAGCUUCAUGGAAUGGGUUUCCAUGGCCGAACAGCUGCAUCUAAACCAUACAUCAGCAAGUCCAAUGCAAAGUGUCGGAUGCAGUGGUGUAAAGCACGUCGCCACUGGACUCUAAAGCAGAGGAGACGUGUUCUCUGGAGUGAUUAAUCAUGCGUUUCCAUCUGGCAAUCUGAUGGACGAGUCUGGAUUUGGAAGUUGCCAGGAGAAUGCUACAUUUCGGACCGCAUUGUGCUGAGUGUGAAAUUUGGUGGAGGAGGAAUUAUGGUGUAGGGUUGUUUUUCAGGAGUCGGGCUUGGUCCCUUAGUUCCAGUGGAAGGACCUUUUAAUGCUCCAGGAUACCGAAACAUUUUGGACAAUUCCAUGCUCCCAACCUUGUGGGAAUAGUUUGGAGCAUACCCCUUCCUCUUCCAACAUGACUGCAUCAGUGCCAAAGCAAGGUCCAUAAAGACAUGAAUGACAGAGUCUGGUGUGGAUGAACUUGAUUGGCCUGCACAGAGUCCUGACCUGAACCCGAUAGAACACUUUUGGGAUGAAUUAGAACUGAGAAUGAGAGCCAGGCCUUCUCGACAAACAUCCGUGUGUAACCUCACCAAUGCGCUUUUGGAAGAAUGGUGGAAAAUUCCUAUAAACACACUCCGCAACCUUGUGGACAGCCUUCCCAGAAGAGUUGAAGCUGUAAUAGCUGCAUAAGGUGGACCGACAUCAUAUUGAACUCUAUGGGUUAGGAAUGGGAGUGCACUUCAAGUUCAUAUGUGAAUCAAGGCAGGUGGCCAAGUACUUUUGGCAAUAUAGUGUAUGAACAACCUACUGCGGCCUGGGUGUGCCAAGCCACACACAAGUCUGUGGUCGAUUUCUAGUAGAUUGCGAUGUAACAAAGAAAUGUACACUUUCAUACAUGGGAAUUUUUAAUAGUAUACGCCUUUUUCUGGAUUGGAUCGUACCUCCAUAUUUAGUAGGAAAGCCACGCAACUCUUUGUGCAUGAUUCCUCUGGUGGAUCCAAACUUCUUCCAUUUAUGGAUGAUGGAGGCCACUGUGCUCAUUGGGACCUUCAAAGCAGCAGAUAUUUUUCUGUAUUCCUGCCCGAAUUUGUGCCUCAAGACAACCCUGUCUUGGAGGUCUACAGACAGUUCCUUAGAUUUGCCAUGCACUGUCAAGUGUAGGACCAUAGAGAUCGACAGGCGUGUGCCUUUCCAAAUCAUGUCCAACCAACUUAAUUUAUCAAAGUGGACUCCAAUUAAGAACAUCUCAAGGAUGAUCAGUUGAAAGAGGAUGCACCUGAGCUAACCUUUUUGACUUCAUUCUUGGUUUGUGCUCUGCCAUGCACUGUCAAGUGUGGGACCUUGUAUAUAGACAGGUGUGUAUUUCCAAAUCAUGUCCAACCAACUUAAUUUACCAGAGGUGGACUCCAAUUAAGCUGUAGGAACAUCUCAGGGAUGAUCAGUUGAAAGAGGAUGCACCUCAGCUAACCUUUGCGCUUCAUGGCACAAAGGCUGUGAAUACUUGUGUGAUUUCUUACUCCAUCCAUCCAUUUUCUACUGCUUGUCCCGUUCGGGGUCGCGGGGGGUGCUGGAGCUUAUCUCAGCUGCAUUCGGGCGGAAGGCGGGGUACACCCUGGACAAGUCACCACCUCAUCACAGGGCCAACACAGAUAGACAGACAACAUUCACACUCACAUUCACACACUAGGACCAAUUCAGUGUUGCCAAUCACUUUUAAUAAAUUACCAAAAAUUUCUAAACAAAAAACUUUUCACACUGUCAUUACGGGGUAUUGUGUGUAGAAUUUAGAAGAUACAAAUACAUUCAUUGCAUUUUGGAAUAAGGCUGUAACAUAACAAAAUGUGGAAAAAGUGACGUGCUGUGAAUACUUUCCAGAUGCACUGUAUGCGGUGAAUCAGGAUGUUCCCAUCUCUUCUAAAUUCUCCACCAUAACGCUAAUGCUAAAAAGACAUUUGACUCCAGAUGGGAUGUUUACCUCGCAAACUACAGCCUGCGAUGUGAUGUCACAAACAAGCUGGCGCCACCCAUGUUUUUCCAACAUUGUAUUUUAAUACGUUUUAUCAGCGCAUUUCCUCUAAUAAGUUGUGUCCAAAUAGUGGAGGAUCCCCUUUAAAAGACGUCACACGUCCUUAUCAGUAUUUUUUCCUUCACAUGUUGAAACUCGAUUGCAAGCUAACGCUCCAAAGCAAUUUUUUUUUUCAGUUGCUGUCUUUCCAAAGGCUCAAGUAGUAGAUUUUCAUGAAGUGCUUUGAUCUUUUUGCUACGGUUCAGGUCUGAAAGUCUCAGGCAGAUCCAAGGUGACAAAAAAAAGAAAGACAAAACCAGUGGCACUGACACUCCACCCCCUUAUUACCAUGACAGGCUUGAUUGUUUUAUCGACUAUCAGAGCACAUGGUGAUGUCGUACACUUUGAGGCUAAGUUGGCAGAAGUCAGCCAUCUUUGCUCUUCUGGGACACAAUGACGACAUCACAAUCAAAACUAGCUUCAUUUUUGCCACUUUUGUUUUUGUUUACAAUUUCAGCCAAUUAUUUUUUCGAAUUCCACACAUCCCCUCCGACAACUUCUCAGUGUCAUUCAUGGUUUAAACAUUAAAAAAAAAAAAAGGUUGACGAUGCCAGAAGAAGAAGACAAAAGUGUGUCAAUGUUGUGGAAGCUCUUAUGCUAAAUUGGUGUGGUGGUUUGUUAAACUAGUGCCUAAUUUUAAAAGUGUCACAUGAUCUCAAGUGUCUGUUCAUUUUCAUUUCUGUUGUGCCAAUUUCUGGUUUUGCAAAGUUUACCGUCAUCUUUGCUUUAACUGAUUUGUUUUUGCCUGCCUGCCUAUUUUUGUAAUGAAAUCAAUACAUUUAUUAUUAUAAUUAUUCAAAAUGUUUGAAUAUGCGCCUUCAUAUUUAUAGCUUAUUACUCAUUGUGCAAAUUUUAAAUAACGACUAUUUAUUAAGAGAGAGGUGCCUCGGUCAAUGUGCAGACUCAGUGGGAAGAAUGUCGCAAAAAGACCAACCACACCUUUUGUGUGACACUUUUUAUUUGAUCCUUUUUUUUAAAUCUACAAACAUGACAUUGAGUUCUUUGUGUAAAGUCACAUUUCAAAUAAAAGUGGAAUUAUUUUAA